AUGGCCUCCAAGGUCAAGCAAGAUGGCAAGACGACGUCGGCUGCCACGAACCUCAUUGCUGGCGGUGGUGCCGGCAUGAUGGAGGCGUUGGUCUGCCACCCACUCGACACGAUCAAGGUCCGAAUGCAGCUGUCGCGGCGCGCAAGGCAGCCCGGAGCGCCCAAGCGCGGCUUCAUCCGCACCGGAGUCGAGAUCGUUAAGAAGGAGACGCCUCUUGGUCUGUACAAGGGUCUCGGCGCCGUGUUGACGGGCAUCGUGCCCAAGAUGGCCAUCCGGUUCACGAGUUUCGAGGGAUAUAAGCAGAUGCUGGCGGACAAGAAGACGGGGAUUGUCAGCGGACAGGCGACUUUCCUAGCUGGCCUCGCCGCGGGUGUGACUGAAGCCGUCGCCGUCGUGACGCCAAUGGAGGUCAUCAAGAUCCGUCUGCAGGCGCAGCACCACUCCAUGGCGGACCCCCUCGACAUCCCAAAGUACCGCAACGCGGCGCACGCGCUCUACACCGUCGUCAAGGAGGAGGGUUUCGGCGCGCUGUACCGGGGCGUGUCGCUGACGGCGCUGCGGCAGGGUAGCAACCAGGCCGUCAACUUCACGGCCUACUCGUACUUCAAGGAGGCGCUCAAGGACUACCAGCCGCAAUACGCCGGGGGAAACCUGCCGAGCUGGCAGACGACGGUGAUUGGGCUCGUCAGCGGUGCCAUGGGCCCGUUGAGCAAUGCGCCGAUCGACACCAUCAAGACGAGGUUGCAAAAGACGCCUGCCGAGUUCGGCACAAGCGCGUGGAGUCGCAUUGCCAAGAUCUCGAGUGAUAUGUUCAAACAAGAAGGCAUGCACGCCUUUUACAAGGGUAUCACGCCUCGCAUCAUGCGUGUUGCGCCGGGACAGGCGGUGACGUUUACCGUCUACGAGUACCUCAAGGAAAAGCUGGAGAGAAGCAACGUGUCCUUCACUGGAGGCAAAUACGAAGAGUAG